AUGGAACAGGAGAAGGGUCUGACUGGCCUCGUCCUGGCAAUCUUUCUUCUUCAAGGUACUGUGGCCCAGUCAAAACAAGGUAAGAGAAAUGAAAACCAAAACCAUUUGAUAAAAGUGGAUGACAAACGAGGGGAUGGCUCUGUAUUUCUGACAUGUGGCUUGAAAGACAAGACCAUCACGUGGCUUAAAGACGGGAACACAAUAAGUCCGAAUGUAACUAAACACACAUGGAAUCUAGGAAGUAAUACCAAAGACCCCCGGGGCAUGUAUUGGUGUCAAGGAGCAAAGGACAAGUCAAAGCCACUCCAAGUGUAUUACAGAAUGUGUGAGAACUGCAUUGAGAUAAACAUAGGCACCAUUUCCGGCUUUAUCUUCGCUGAAAUCAUCAGCAUUUUCUUCCUUGCUGUUGGUGUGUACUUCAUUGCUGGGCAGGAUGGAGUUCGACAGUCAAGAGCUUCGGACAAGCAGACCCUGUUGCCAAAUGAACAGCUCUACCAGCCCCUCAAGGAUCGGGAUGAUGACCAAUACAGCCAUCUCCAAGGAAAUCAACGGAGGAAGAAAUGAGCUCAACAUGACUCAAAGUAGGUGUUGUCCCUCCCAUCCAGAACCCAGGAUCAAAGCAAUGUGUUUCAGAAACGGCCCGGCUUUCAGCCCUGCCGUUAA